AUGUUAGGAUAUGCAAACGCUGGGAUUCCAGAUAAAUCUUGGCAGCCACCAAUUGCAGUCCUAGAAACAACAAUGGGUACAAUUGUUGUAGAAAUGUAUUGGAAGCAUACACCCAACACUUGUCGAAAUUUUAUGGAGUUGGUGAGAAGAGGGUAUUACAAUAACACAAAGUUUCAUCGAGUUAUAAGGGAUUUUAUGGUUCAAGGAGGUGAUCACACAGGGACGGGUAAAGGUGGCCAAUCAAUAUAUGGGCCACAAUUUGAUGAUGAAAUAUCGAAUGAUUUGAAACAUACCGGUGCAGGAAUAUUGUCUAUGGCCAAUGUUGGACCUAACACAAAUGGAUCACAAUUCUUUAUAACCUUGGCACCAACACAGUGGUUGGAUGGCAAACACACAAUCUUUGGAAGAGUGCAAAGUGGAAUGACUGUGGUGAAAAGAAUUGGAUUAGUUGAAUGUGAUGCAAAUGACUGUCCUGUUGAUGAUGUAAGAAUUGAAAGAUCUUAUAUACCAAAAUAA